CGCGGGCGCGGUGCGGCGGCCCCGGGAGCACACACGGUUAACUCGGCCGGUCCCGGGAGCACCCAUGGUUUAUUCGGCCUGUCCCGGGAGCACACACGGUUAAUUCGGCCUGUCCCGGGAGCACACACGGUUAACUCGGCCGGUCCCGGGAGCACACAUGGUUAAGGCGGCCGCGGGCGCACAUCUGGCGGGGGAGGGCUGCGAGCCUCGUCCCGCGCCUGGCUGCCUCCUGCGCUUCCAAAAAGUGCAUUUCCGCCCGGGCCGAGCGAGGAGAAGGCUCCGGAGCGGGAGGCACCGAUCGGCCGCGGGCAGGCUCUGCUCCGGCCCGGGGGAUGCUCUAGGGCAGCAAAGGCAGUGCCGGGAGGGAGCAGCCCUGCCCCAGAGGUGCUGACACAGUAAAUUGCUGCUCUUGGGGAUUCAUGGGAGGCAGCUGAAGCCAGGCUGAGCAGGAGCAGCAGCACUCGGCCCAGGAUUUGGCUGGUCAUCCAGAGCCUGCUACUCUGCUCCACCCUCAGCUCUCCAGCUGUCCCUGGCACCUCACAGGGCACUGCCAAGGCAUGGAGGGGCUGUGGGUGCACGGUGUCCUGCUGCUCUGCCUGCUGCUGUCCUGCCCUGUGGGGAGCCAGACUGGACCCAGUCCCGACCAGCAGUGGUGGACAGAUGCUGAAGAGGCCCCAGCCCAGCACCAAGCUGCCAGGGCCACACGGGAGCAGAAGGCUGAUGGUGCCCAGGAGGGGCUGCCCCCACGGCCCCGCUGUGUCCGCUGCUGCCCCCCGCCCGACCAGUACCAGCCUCUGCCUCAGAUCAACAUGACCAUCCUGAAAGGGGAGAAGGGGGACCGUGGCGAGCGUGGCAUCCAGGGCAAGUUUGGCAAGACGGGGGUGGCCGGCAGCAGGGGCCAUGCAGGGCCCAAGGGACAGAAGGGCAGCAUGGGCGCCCCGGGGGAGCGCUGCAAGAGCCACUAUGCCGCCUUCUCGGUGGGCCGCAAGAAACCCCUGCACAGCAAUGACUACUACCAGACCCUCAUCUUCGACACGGAGUUUGUCAACCUCUACAGCCACUUCAACAUGUUCACGGGCAAGUUUUACUGCUAUGUCCCUGGGAUCUACUACUUCAGCCUCAAUGUGCACACCUGGAACCAGAAGGAGACCUACCUGCACAUCAUGCACAACGGGGCAGAGGUAGUGAUCCUCUACGCCCAGGUGAGUGACCGCAGCAUCAUGCAGAGCCAGAGCGUCAUGCUGGAGCUGCGGGAGCAGGACGAGGUCUGGGUGCGGCUCUACAAGGGCGAGCGUGAGAACGCCGUCUUCAGCGAUGAGUAUGACACUUACAUCACCUUCAGUGGCCACCUCAUCAAGUACAGUGGAGACCCCUGAACACCAGCCCCCCCAACUCCUUCUGCACCAGGCCGGGUGGCCAAGGAGCCCCUGUGCCCUCUCAUCCUGGGCAUGCCACCCCCCUUAUGCUGUUAGCCACCCACCCUUCUGCUACUACCCUCAGCACCUGCCUCAAUGUGUGAAUUCCCCCACUCCAGCUUCUUGAGACCGAUCAGAUGCACCUGGAGGAGCUGGAGCCAUUUCCAGCCUCUGCCACAUCUGUGACUGGGAAGCAGCUGCUCACCUGGGGUGGGCAGGGAGCUCCUUCCACACCCCUCCCACCUGCUCCAUAGCCGGGUUUGCUGGGCAGAGCCCACUGUGGCACUGGCUUGGCACCAGGGGAACAGCAUGACUGCUGGUGCUCUGGUGCAAGCCAGCGCAGACACGUGCACCGUGUUCCUCCUCCACGCACCAUGCUGUGUUCCCUACCUCGAAUGGGCAGAAGGUGCUCAGCACCAUCAGGAAAAGCAAUGAACCACUAAGGGCCCCCUUUCCUUCCGCAGAGCUGGGGACCAGUGGGGCGGGCGUUGCAGCACGGGGCUGAGUACCCUUGGUGGGAAUGGAUUGCAUCAGUUCCCUCUGCAGGUCCCGUCACUGCUCGCCACAGCCUCUGCUGGGGAGGGGCUGGCUCCCCACCGGCAGCCCUGACAGAACCUUUGGCCUCAGCCACUUCCUCUUCCGUUAGAUUAUCUGAUGGCCAGGCUUCUUGUUUGUGUAGAUGCCGCAGCGGUGUGGGGCAGCAUUCUGACCUCCCUGCACAGCUCAUGCUACAUUAAACACCCCACAUUUCCAGCCUUGCUCACA